AUGUUUUCGUCCAAGUCGCCUAAAAGUCUGUCUAAAAAUGCCUCCAAGUCGCCGUACGCCGCCGGGGAGCAGAUCUGUAUGGUUGAAUGUGGCUGUGAGGCGGACGGCACCUGUAGCGCCCGCUGUGCCGCAGACGCACAAGGCGCUCCGUGCGCCAGCAGGAGACCCGGUGCGGAUCACGUCCAGAAUGGCAGCCAUGGCUCCAGGGCGAAGCAUCUUGAGAAGCAGGCCCAUGACAACUUGGCCUUUGAGUGUGGAAGCCAAAGCGAGCUUUACCCUCCACCCAAAACUCCCUCCAGAGCCACCUUCAAGCUCCUGGGCCUCAAUCCUGAACUUCAGGUCCCAGCUAUUCUCAGCAGACUCUCAAGCCUGAAUGGAGUACUCGCUGUCAACUUGACUUCGGCCGGUGGCCUGGCCAAGGUGGACUAUGAUACCUCAGCUGUCACUACCAAAGAGAUCACCGUGGAGCUCCGAGCCAUGGGGUAUGAUGUGGAGUCAGCGGUGCGAAUCAAGGUGGACGGCAUGACCUGCCAGUCCUGUGUCCAAUCUAUUGAAGGACGGAUUGGUGUGCUGGCGGGGGUGUCACAUAUUAAGGUGUUCCUGCAAGACGGAGUGGCUGUGAUUGUAUUUCAGCCUUUGCUGAUAACACAAGAGGAGCUGAGAGACAACAUUGAAGACAUGGGGUUUGGUGCCACUUUAUUAGAAGAGGACCCUUCUGGGCCAGACAUUAGCUAUUGGCAGAGGGAAAUACCAGCACCUGCCAUAUUGAAUUUGUCAGCGCAGACUGUAACCGUUCUUAUUGUAGGGAUGACUUGCAACUCCUGUGUGCAGUCCAUUGAAGGGAGGAUCUCUCAGAUGACUGGUGUGCAUUCAAUAAUGGUGUCACUGAAAGAAGGAAAGGGAACCAUAACCUUUGACCCUGGUCUCACACAACCAGAGCUGCUCAGGGCCGCAGUUGAGGACAUGGGCUUCAGUGCAUCCCUUGAAGAUCCAUUUCCUGAAAUGAUCUCAGUCACUGAAAAGUCCAGACUGACCUCCCACCUCGGCUCACAGGCCUCCGACUCGCCAGACUUGGUGGCAGUCAGCAAUGGCAGCGGAUCAAAGAUGACUGCCGCGAGCUGCCAUUCAGGCUCUCCCCAGAUGAAGGUGCAAAAAUGCUUCAUUCGCAUAACUGGGAUGACCUGUGCCUCCUGUGUGGCCAACAUCGAGAGGAACCUGCUCAAACACAAAGGAAUCAUCUCGGUGUUGGUGGCUCUGAUGGCUGGAAAGGCAGAAGUGAAGUAUGAUUCAGAUGUUGUGAACGCUGCUGCAGUAACUCGGCUCAUCGAGGACUUAGGCUUCGGUGCCACAUUGAUUGAAGACAAUGCAGUAACACAAGGGAAGCUGGACCUCACUAUAACAGGCAUGACAUGUGCAUCAUGCGUCCAUAACAUUGAGUCCAGACUCACCACGACCAAAGGGAUCCUCGGGGCAUCUGUUGCCCUGGCAACCAAAAAAGCCAACAUCCAGUUUGACCCAGAUGUACUUGGGGCUCGAGAUAUUAUCAAAAUCAUAGAGAGUAUGGGCUUUGGGGCCAGUCUGGUGAAAGCAGGCUUUGAAAGCAGCAUCGAUCACACGGAAGAAAUUCGACAGUGGAAGAACUCCUUUUUGUUGAGCCUGGUGUUCGGCCUGCCUGUGAUGGGCCUGAUGAUCUACAUGAUGGUGAUGGACAGUCAGCAUCAGGAGCACGGAGGGUCCAUGCCCGAGGAGCAGAACGUGCUGCCCGGCCUCUCCAUCCUCAACCUGGCCUUCUUCCUCCUCUGUACACCUGUUCAGAUCUUCGGAGGCAGAUACUUCUACAUCCAAGCGUAUCGCUCGUUAAGACACCGCACCGCCAACAUGGACGUGCUGAUUGUGUUAGCCACCUCCAUCGCCUACAUCUACUCCUGUGUGGUGCUUGUUGUAGCCAUGGCGGAGCGAGCCAACCAGAGCCCCGUCACUUUUUUCGACACCCCGCCCAUGCUCUUCGUCUUCAUCGCCCUCGGCCGCUGGCUGGAGCACAUCGCCAAGAGUAAAACGUCGGAGGCUUUGGCCAAACUAAUGUCACUUCAGGCCACUGACGCCACUGUGGUCACAUUAGGACCCAACCACUCCGUCAUCAGCGAGGAGCAGGUGCUUGUGGAGCUGGUCCAGCGGGGCGACGUCGUCAAAGUCGUCCCAGGAGGAAAGUUCCCCGUCGAUGGGAAAGUGAUCGAGGGCAGCUCCAUGGCAGAUGAGUCCUUGAUCACAGGUGAGCCCAUGCCUGUGAGUAAGAGAGUGGGCAGCUCAGUGAUCGCUGGCUCCAUCAACGCCCAUGGAGCCCUCCUGGUGGAGGCCACUCACGUCGGAGCGGACACGACCCUGUCUCAGAUCGUCAAGCUGGUGGAAGAAGCCCAAACGUCCAAGGCGCCGAUCCAGCAGUUUGCAGACAGGAUCAGCAGCUACUUUGUUCCCUUCAUAGUUAUCGUCUCUUUGCUGACACUAGUGGCCUGGCUGGCCAUCGGCUUUAUCAACUUUGACAUUGUGAAGGAGAACUUCCCUAACUACAACGCCGACAUCUCCCAGACAGAUGUUAUUGUCCGCUUUGCCUUCCAGGCCUCCAUCACGGUUCUGUCCAUCGCGUGCCCCUGCUCUCUGGGGCUGGCGACCCCGACGGCCGUCAUGGUGGGAACUGGAGUCGGAGCUCAGAACGGGAUCCUCAUCAAGGGAGGCGAGCCACUGGAGAUGGCCCACAAGAUCCACGCGGUGAUGUUUGAUAAGACCGGCACGAUCACCAACGGCGUGCCCCGGGUGACGCGUGUGCUGGUGCUGUGGGAAAUGGCCCGCAUGUCCCUGAGGAAGAUCCUGGCGGUGGUGGGCACGGCAGAGGCCAGCAGUGAGCACCCGCUGGGCAUGGCAGUCGCCAAUCACUGCAAAGAGGAGCUGGGCUCAGACGUCCUGGGAUACUGCCAGGAGUUCCAGGCGGUGCCGGGCUGCGGGAUCAGCUGCCGGGUCUCCAACGUGGAUCACCUGCUGCAGCAGCAGAGCGAGGAGCGCUUCCUCCUGCAGGGCGUCACCACUGACCACAGCAGCCUGCUGUCCGACACCGAGCCCCUGUCUGCAGGUGAGGCCUCGACUUACUCUGUCCUGAUUGGGAACAGAGAGUGGAUGAGGAGGAACGGCCACCAUAUCGGGGCGGACGUCGAUGCCGCCAUGACCAGCCAUGAGAGCAAAGGACAGACAGCUGUUCUGGUAGCCAUAGAUGGUAUGCUGUGCGCCAUGUUGGCCAUUGCAGACACGGUGAAGACGGAGGCGGCAUUAGCAGUGCACACACUCAGCAGUAUGGGCAUCGAGGUCGUCAUGAUAACAGGAGACAACAGACGUACGGCCAAAGCUAUAGCGGCACAGGUGGGGAUCAGAAAGGUGUUUGCGGAGGUGCUGCCGUCCCAUAAGGUGGCCAAGGUGCAGGAGCUGCAGGACCGCGGCCUGCGAGUCGCCAUGGUGGGGGACGGGGUCAACGACUCGCCCGCCCUCGCCCGCGCUGACGUCGGCAUCGCCAUCGGGACGGGAACUGAUGUGGCUAUCGAGGCGGCAGACGUGGUGCUCAUCCGAAACGACCUUUUGGAUGUGGUGGCGAGCAUAGAGCUGUCGAAAAAGACGGUGAAGAGAAUAAGGAUCAAUUUUGUCUUCGCCCUCAUCUACAAUCUCCUGGGAAUUCCCAUCGCUGCAGGUGUGUUCAUGCCGGCUGGCCUUGUGCUCCAGCCGUGGAUGGGUUCGGCUGCGAUGGCUGCCUCCUCCGUUUCUGUGGUUCUGUCUUCCUUACUGCUGAGAAUGUACAAGAAAACCUCGGUGGAGCUGUAUGAGGUGCGGGCGCAGGGUCAAAUGAGGAGCCUGCGCUCGUCACAGAUCAGCACCCAUCUGGGACUGGACAACCAGCGCCGCAGCCUGGCUUCCCUCCCAGGAGGCCGGGAGCGCCUGAGCCAAGCCAGCGCCGCCCCCAACGCCCGCUACAGCUGGCCGUCCAGCCAAGGUCCGUCCAGUAACCCUGUCCAGCAACAGGACCGCUACUCCCUUCUGGAUUAUCAGACUACAGAGGACAUUACUAUUUAG